CCAACGAUCCACUGGCAAGUUGCAUGGUGCCUAUGUACAUAGGUGUACGGCGCUCUUCAAAUUUCUUGGUGCUUUGAGCCAGGCCUUGGCUCGAACGUUGGGUGAUAUCCGCUAGUGAGCAUACAUACAUAUCAAGUAACCACUGCGGUGGCCGUUCAUGCGACCAGAGGUACAUACGCCAAGCAACCCCGUUCAAGCUCAAUCCACUCACUCAAUCACAGCCCUGCCCAAUUGUGGGAGACAAGCUGCUUGCGCCGAGAUCUAUGCGAUACUAAGCGUCCUACGAUCUGUCGAUGAAUCUCAGUGUGAGUCAAUCUGGAAGCACACUACUAUUCGAAGUAACAGCUAUACUGGCGAGGGUUGCUUCUCAAGGUGCGCCUCCACCCCGGGCCUUGCAUCUCAUCACCAUCAGGCCCAUCAAGCGAAUUUCUCGGCCAAUGAUCGCACAUACUCCUCCAUCCCCACUCGGCGAGAGGAUCCCCGACACUGUGAUGACAUCCGACGAUUUCUACGUGUAGAAGAACAGCUCGGUCAAUUGCCACCAGCUCGUCGACCAUGCGGUUUCGCUCACAGCGGCAUACCAAUGACCCCAGUGUGGCAGGCUCUGCUGUUCACGGAGUGUUCACGGCGACUCCGAUACGUUAAAUAUGUCUAUCGAGCAGGGUUGAAAGCUGCGCGCUUCAUCGAUACCACAGUUGUCAACGGCUAUGAGUAUUUGGCCGCGUGGAGCAGCAGCAUUCGGAUGUACAGUAUACUCUUGUGUCGCCGCGCAAGCUUGCAAGCUGGAGCCCAACAACUCAUCGCCCGCAUGCAGUACUUCCGCGAGCCUGCCUCCGGGGAGUGUGACGCUGUGUAAAUUAUGUGGAUCUGAUGCCCCAUUAGAAGCAUGUGGCGCACGAGUCAGAGCCAGCUAGCGUCGUAUCAGCUUAUGAGUGGGAUCGCUCCAGCUGGUGUUCGGCGACUGAGCUUAGAAAGGGUCGAAACGUUCAUUGUACAGUCUUCUUCAGUUGCGUCCGUUAGCGCUCGAGCUGCGAACAGUGAAU